AUGCCCCCAGUACGCUCUGCUCAGCCUGCCAUCCCGCAGCCGGCAGUGACUCGGCCGCUUCUCACAUCAACCAUCGUCGUCCUGGCUUCCGUCGCCUUGCCUAUCGAUGAUCAGAUGCCGGACACAUAUCCUGUGGUCGCUCCGCCCAUUUCGCAGCAUCGUCUACCCAAGGAGCUACCCCACGUCUCGCCUGCUUUCUUGGACGUGCCACAGCCGACCCGCCUCAGGCCCAGCCGCAAGCGACCCAUCGAGAUCUUCGUGGACAGCACAGCGGACUCGGUGCCUCGGGGUCCUCCUUCGCAGCGACCUAGGCUCGAUGGUCGUAGUCCCCUCGGCAAGCGGAGCGACUCGGCAAACAGCACUCCAUGCCCAUCUCCACGUGAUGAUGCCGCCCCAUACUCGCAGUCGCCAAAUGACUCCUUCUGGACCGGCCAGGAGAACCGAGACCCGAAUCCGCCGGUCACUCCCGAGCCUUUUGUUGCUGCAUUCCCCCGUGCUCGCAUCGUCCGCCCCGUCCGUUCGCCUCGUCUGCCUCUGCCUCCCCCAAAAGAUGUCGUGCUUUACGAUAUUUUAGGUCUAAAUGACUGGAACGUCUCCAAGAACCAGAUCUUGUCCGCCUGGCGGCAUGUUUCCCUCGAUCUACACCCCGACCGCGUAGCCGAAGAGUUCCGCGGCACCGCCACCAUAUUGAUGCAGGAAGUCAACGCCGCCAAAGAGGUUUUGACUGACCGUGCUGCUCGGCGCGCCUAUCACAGGACUGGGGCCUUGCCCAUGGCCAUGUAA